AUGAAUACCCUUGUAUCAAAAUCCAAACUUUCAUCACCAUCAUCAAGUUCUAGGAGCAAUGCCAGUACCUGUAGCACCACUGAAACCAAUGAUAGUUAUAACGUACUAGGUCUUAACUGCAAAUUACCUCCAUUCACAUCCUUUUCUCAUCGCUCAUUAGCAAUCCUUUCGGGACACGUUGGUUCUGUUUCGUCUUUAGCCUUAUGUGGUGAGUUCAUAUUGAGUGCUUCACAGGGCAAAGACAUCAUAGUAUGGCAACAACCAGAUUUAAGGUUGUUUGCCAAAUUCGGGCAGGGCGACGGGUCUGUCAAAGCACUUGCCACCGUUGGUAACAAGGUUUUCACAGCUCAUCAGGAUAGCCGGAUUCGUGUUUGGAAAGUAUCCAGGAGUUCGGAGAAUGUGUUUAAGCUCCUCGAUACACUUCCGACAACAAAGGACUAUUUGGGGAAGUUUAUGAAACAGAGUAAUUAUGUUCAAACGAGGAGGCAUCACAAGAGGUUGUGGAUUGAACACGCAGACAGCAUUUCUUGUUUGGUUGUUCAUAAUGGGUUGGUUUAUUCAGGGUCAUGGGAUAAGACACUUAAAGUGUGGGGUGUUUCCGAUUUGAAGUGUUUGGAGUCAAUUAAAGCGCACGAUGAUGCUAUCAAUGGGUUGGUAGCGUGUAAAGGGGUUGUUUAUUCUGCUUCUGCAGAUGGGAAGAUUAAGGCAUGGGGAAAAGGAAAAGAAGGGAAAAGUUUGCAUUGUUUGAAAUCUGUUUUAGAGGGUCAUAAAGAUGUUUCGUUUAAUUCUGUUGUUGUUUCUGAUGAUGGGAAAUGGGUUUAUGGAGGUGGUUCUGAUGGUUGUGUUAUAGGGUAUGGGUAUGAGAGGAAUAAUGGUGGUUGUGAGAAUUGGAAAAUGGUUUGUGAGAGAAAGGCACAUGAAAUGGCUGUUUUGUGUAUGUGUUUGAUAGGUGAGUAUUUGUGCACGGGGUCAGCAGAUAAAAGUAUAGGUAUCUGGAAAAGAGAGUGUUUUGGUAAAGUUUGUAAAGUUGGGGUUAUAACAGGACAUGAAGGGCCGGUGAAAUGUUUGCAAGCUUCACUGUCCAAUAGAAUUGGUGGUGGAUUUUUGUUGUAUAGUGGUAGUCUUGAUAGAAGUGUCAGAGUUUGGUGGGUUCCAAAGUAUGAUAAAACACAAGUAGCAUUGAAUGAUUCAAUUCCUCAUAACAUGUUAGCAACAUGCUGA